AUGCCUAAGAGAAAAGCAACACAUGCACAUGUAGGCCCAGCACGUGGCGAUAGGCCCAAGCUGAUACAGGCGACAACGCCGGCACCAGCAGAGCCUCCGGUCCCAGCGCUCGGCCUCGCCGACGAACAACUUCGUCACUUAGCUGAGGAAGUUGCCUCGAGGAUUGAGCCAAGAAUCGGUGCCCCCUCAGCAGGCAACACCCCCUCGAUGGUUAACAUCCCCACAAUGGAUAACAUCCCCGCAAACCUAAGUGACCCCUUUGAGCCAGAGCCAGAUCUGCAGACACCCAGCAGGCACUGCGACCACAAGCACCGGGAACAGCCCCCAGUCGCAUGCCAGCCACAACCACCAAGCCACUUAGACACCCUUACUAUUGCCGCUACCCCAAUAGAUGUUAAUAAAUUACGAGAACUUUUACUAACAUACCCCAAUACACUGGCUGCACAUAACUAAUUCAGGGUUUUUCUACAGGGUUCAAACUGUGUUAUGAGGGUCCUAGAAUUUCUACAACUUGUCAUAAUCUCAAAUCCCUAA